GACAUUAGUUUUUAGCCGGUCCGCGGGCGUCACGGUAACACGUUAUCAGCCUGUCGCACUACUUGGACAAGUAAGAGCUCAGAACGCCGGCCCAGAGGAAUAUUACAAGUUUAACGCUACACAGAUGGAGGUGAUAACUCAGGACCGGAUAGAUGAACUUAAAGCAAAGCUGGCUCUUCUAGAUGGCGACCGAAAAGCUUAUUUGGAAGGCGCAAUACAUGCUUUAUCUGAAAAUAAAAAGCGUGUCGCUGAGCUGAGGUUUGAAAAUAAUAGGCUGAGAACAAUACUUCGUGAAGGACUCUCUGCAGAGGACCACAUCAUUAACCAUGUUUUUCACAACCGCCAGGCCGACAAAGCAUGUUUAGCUAACAAAAGCGGAUCAGAAGCAAUAACAGUUAUGGAUUACCGAACCUGUGACGUUAUGAAAAAAUAUAACGCUUUAAAACAUCUUACGGUUCAAAAGGAAGAAAAGAUCGAACAGUUAAAAAAGACCUAUUAUGAAUUGAAGCAAUUGAUGGACGACGAAAAUGCAACAACUGCGGGCACAAAUAAAGAAGGACGACAUUUAAGAGAACUGGAGAAUCGUUUGGACAAGGCUCAACUAAAAUACCAAGAAGCCGAACAUAUAAAGCGGACCUAUAUGCAAAUAAAGGAUAAACUUCAAGAAGAGCAGCUUACCUAUGGUCACAGCUUAGAUGCUUUAGAAAAGCAAAUUAGGCUAGCAAAUGAAGAACUAGCUGAACUUCAGACUAUGUUUAAUAAUGCAGUACUUUCACGUGAUGCAGCCCAAAAAGAACUAAAGUAUCAAGAGGAAGUUAUCAUGAACGAACGCAAAAGACGUGAAACUGAGUUGACUAGUAUGAAACGAGUGGCAGAAGGAAAGAAGACGCCUAGCGAUAAAACGAUGCAUACAGCUGCACGGGAUUCCAUCACAGAAGAUGCACAAGGAGAGAGUGGAGAAGGUUCUGCUGAGCAAAGUGGUGGUGAACGUGGCUCCGGGGCUGCUGGGAUAACAGAAGAACAGCACCAGAAGAUAGUUGCAUUUGAGGAGGCAUUCCGACAAAUUAAAGAAGUCACUGGUCUAUCGGACCUGAAUCAAAUCGUGAAGCGUUUUGAAAACCAAGGCGAUACCCUGACUCACUUGCAAGAACUCAAGGAGAAGGCGGAGAAACAGUGUCAGGCUCUACGAGAGGAGAGAGAUCGGCUACAGUUACAAUUUGAAGAACUCAGGUAUUCCGGAGAAACCGAACUUGCCAGCAUUAACCAGUUGUUACAGAAGCACAGAGGCGAAGCUGAUAAAGAGGCAGAACGGCGGGAGCAGUUGCACGAAAACGUCGCUGAAGUCAGCCGCUUGCUAGUCCAAUGCAAGGCUGCAGUGGAUCACAUUCACGAUAAGCUGACCUCCUUGAAUGUAGGCAUACUUGCUCCUGAGAAGCCCGCUGACAGCAGCACGGAAGGACAGUUGCCGGAGAUGUUAAAGCAGUGCAAUGUCCGCUUAGAUGAGCUGAUGAACAGUUUACAGGAUGUCAGUGUGGACGAACAGCUUCAGUUAAUGGAGGAGGAAGAGGAUUCUGAACUAUAUUUUGGUUCCGACUUCUUCAGCAAACUUGAAGGCAAGAUGCCUGAUUACAAUACCAGAAUCAAGCUACCCUCCAGUGUUCGGGAGACCGUGCACGAAGGUUCCCAACCAGGCAGGCCUGUGGAUCCAACGGCAGAAAGCCGUGAAGUCAAUGAUUUCAAUUGCUGUCUCCAGGUAGAUGGCUGACCACCACAUGGUCUCUCCCAGUCGAGUCUUGCACGCGCAAACAGAGCGCAAUGGGGCAAACGCUCAGAUGACAUACGCAGAACGUCGCCGAGCCAUCCUAACUGGCACAGUAAAACCAGCUUGUUGUAGGGAGUACUCACAUUUCAUAAGACACGACGUUUGACCUCACCGUUGCAGACACCGAUUUUCGUAGGCCGACAGUCGGCACAUGACAUCUACCUGAACUGGCCAUGACUCACUGCCUUACAACAACACCGUCCGAACGGUGGAAUUGUAACCACGACUCUUUACCAAGUGGUAGACAUCCCGAGGAGGCCAUAACUGUUGCAGGUUGGCAAACGCAGAUCGGGCUUUGGCGAUGAGGAUGGAAAUAUCUUUGCUAGAGAAAUUUCUUGCGGAGAUGACGACGUAGGUGGUGAUGAGAACGAUAUCCUCACUCGAACGGCGCUGAAGAAACAGUCACAACAGAUUGUCGAAAUGAGAAAUAAAAAGCGACAGACUCGAAAGAAGAAAAGGAGAUCAAAGUAGUGGCUCUCGUCCACCAAAUAUCUCCAUUGCAAUUGUGAUAAAAGGUGGCAGGGAACGUCUGAACGCGAGUCCCUAGCUUGGUCCAGCUGGAUAGAUCACAACCUCCUGUUGCAUAAACGUGUGAAAUUCUCAUUUUCAACCACUAAGGUGAAUUUAAUUAGUUCACCAUAGAGUUACCACACGAACCCUACUAGGAGAGCUUUUGUGCCCAUCCAAGCCUUCUCUGAAAUUACCAUUUUGCGUAUUAUGCAAAAUACAUUCGGAAGGGAAACAGUCUCCAGACGU